UGCAGAUUGGUAUAAUCCGAUGAUCAAUGCUUAUUUGGAUAAAGGAUAUCAAGUUAUUGCUAUUGAUUGGGGGAAAUAUGCUAAAAAUAUAUUACAAUUCGUUAGUAAAUCUGAUCAUGUAGGAAACUUAGUUGGUGAAAUGAUUGUAAAUAUACACAAGACUAAAGGAGUUGACUUGGGUAACGUUCAUUUGAUUGGUCAUUCUAUGGGGGCUCACGUUUCCGGAUAUGCAGCACGUUUUGUUUUUAGCCAAACUUCCUCACGUGUUGGCAGAAUAACCUCUUUAGAUGGUGCUUCAAAAACUGUUAUUCUUGGAAAAACCGCUUUAUCUCCAUCAGAUGCGGACUUUGUCGAUUCUAUCCAUACAAGUUUUACCGAUAAAUACGGCUCGGUUUCUUUCUUCGUAAACGGUGCUGUAGAUCAACCCGGAUGCGGUUCUUUAGAAAUUGAUUGUGGUCAUAAUAGAGCUCCAACUUACUACGUUGAAAGUAUAAACAGCAACGGAUUCGUAGCUGCAAAAUGCGAAAAUUGGUCGACUUUUACAUCCGGAUCNGUGGUGUAUAUUUCCGCCGGAAAUGGAGUUCGCUAUUGUGCCAUAUUGGAAGAUUUUAGCCAGAAUUGGAGAGACUUGACAUCAGCGAUAUGUGCUUCCAAUAUCACGCAUCACAGCUUAGCAAAUAAUUGA